UCCCGGCUUUGGCUUCACAACAAUGCCAAAAUAAACUACGUUGACAAGCUUGCACCGGUGUCUAUUAAAUUGAAGAUCCAUCGGAGAGUCACCGGUGCGUGAAGAAUGUUUCGGCCUUGUGCGGCCACUCAGCGCCGGCACGGUGUUAGGCCAGAAAGGCCUCCACUCUGUAUCCGCUCUAUCACUUUCCGCUUAUUUCCAUUGAUUCAGUUAGCCCCUAAAGCGACUCUGUUCUAUUUCAUGGAUGUGUUUGUUCAUAUGCGAGGCAGACCUAUAAUAUCUGCCUCUUAUAUAGGGCGGUACCUAUUCAACAUCCCAUCCAGAUUUGUCCAGGUGACCUGCAAAAUAUGUACUAAUGGUGAAUGCUAUCAUAUUCCUGCACCUGUAUGUGGGCCAAACUCACAACUUUCUCUUGUUUCGAGCGCAUUUGGAUGAGGAAAUGCCAUCCAUCGACAUGAUCAUCCAGAUUGCCGUGGGCUCGAUCGCGCCGAAUACUGUGGGCGCUGUUGUCUUAAAUCUGAGCGACAAGGAGUGCGAUGCUGUGCCUGUGUCGCAGGCCAGUCGACCAGUGUAUAUCUUACUCGAGCAUCGGACAAACACGGCCUCAGGGAUCAGUAUCCCCCACAAUCCUUACCCUCCUUCUCGCGCGGGAUUUUGCUUCCUGAGCUGUGGAGAAUGCGAAUCUUCAUCAGAGCUUCUAGCCUUUGACUAG